GCGUGCGGGGCCGCGGGCGGACCGAGGCUCCGGGGACCAGUCGGAUCGCGCCGCCCAGGGAGCGAGCUCGGAGCGUGUGCGCGGCGGCCACCCCCGGGCCCGGAGCGCGAGCCAGAGCCAGACCCCGAGCCAGGCCCGCCAUGACCCACUUCAACAAGGGCCCGUCCUACGGGCUCUCGGCCGAGGUCAAGAACAAGAUCGCGUCCAAGUACGACCCGCAGGCCGAGGAGGACCUGCGCGGCUGGAUCGAGGAGGUGACGGGCAUGAGUGACUGUCCUCUCCUCCGCAGGCUCAUCAACAAGCUCCAGCCGGGCUCCGUGAAGAAGGUCAACGAGUCCUCGCUGAACUGGCCGCAGUUGGAGAACAUCGGCAACUUCAUCAAAGCCAUCCAGGCGUACGGCAUGAAGCCGCACGACAUCUUCGAGGCCAACGACCUGUUUGAGAACGGGAACAUGACCCAGGUGCAGACGACGCUGGUGGCGCUGGCCGGCCUGGCCAAAACCAAAGGCUUCCACACCACCAUCGACAUCGGGGUGAAGUACGCCGAGAAGCAGACGCGGCGCUUCGACGAGGGGAAGCUGAAGGCCGGCCAGAGUGUCAUCGGGCUGCAGAUGGGGACCAACAAGUGCGCCAGCCAGGCGGGCAUGACCGCCUACGGGACCAGGCGGCACCUGUACGACCCCAAGAUGCAGACGGACAAGCCCUUUGACCAGACCACCAUCAGCCUGCAGAUGGGCACCAACAAAGGGGCCAGCCAGGCGGGGAUGCUGGCGCCGGGCACCCGGAGGGACAUCUACGACCAGAAGCUCACCCUGCAGCCCGUGGACAGCUCGACCAUCUCCCUGCAGAUGGGCACCAACAAGGUGGCCUCGCAGAAGGGCAUGAGCGUGUACGGGCUCGGGCGGCAGGUCUACGACCCCAAGUACUGCGCCGCGCCCACCGAGCCCGUGAUCCGCAACGGCAGCCAGGGCACGGGCACCAACGGCUCCGAGGUCAGCGACAGCGACUCGCAGGCCGAGUACCCCGACGAGUACCACGGCGGGUACCCCGACGACGACCCCCGCGAGUACCAGUACGGCGACCCGGGCCUCGAUUACUAGGCGCGGGCGGAGGCGCCGCCCUCCCGUCGCGGUCACUCGGGGGGAGCCCAGCUGGCCUUGAGUGACGCUUCUCUGCCCCGAACCCCUAGUGCGCUCCCUGUGCCCGCAGGAGAGUACGCCCACCCCCUCCUCCGCCCGCCGCUCCGCCGCCGCCUCUCCGGCCGGGGCAGCCGCCCGCAGCGCGCGGGAGCGGAAGGCGGAGCGGCGGGUCCUCUGACAUCUCGCAUUCUCACAAUCUUUACGGAGCUGUUCCAAGCAGUAGGAGGCUUUUCCCUACAGUUAGCGUCUGGCUCCUCCCGGAAGACUAAACCCGCGCUUAGAGCUCAGGCGCCCGCCAGCCACACCCACGCCGCCGCCCGGUAGCCGCUCGCAGGCGCAGACCGAAGCCCGCCGCGUUGGUCGCGGAUGGGAAUGCGGGGCGGCCCGGCCGCGCCCCCUGCGCGGGCGUCUCCGAGGCGGCGCCGCGGCCGCAGAGCGUGGGCCUGGCCGGCGCGCGCCCAUCCUGUAGCCGGCGUAGCGGUGCAGACGUGCUCUGUCUCCACUGUAUUUAUUGCUGCGUUUCUCAGCGUAAACUUACCCCCGUGUAUUUUUUAUAAAUAAAUAUUUUUUUUGAACAUU